AUGGCAUCCACAUCACGAACACCCGCGCCCGAGCCGACGCUUUUUAUCGACGGCAAGUGGACGCACGCCAAGCAAGGACACACGCGACCCAUCAUCAACCCAUACGAUGGCUCUACCGUCACAGUGAUUGACGAAGCCGGCAGCGACGAUGCGCUUGCCGCCGUAGCCUCUGCCGCCAAGUUCUUCCGCUCUUCAUCGUGGCCACACCAGACGUGCACCGCACGAACGCCGCUGCUGUCGAAAGUUGCGGAUCUGCUGCAGCGAGACAAACAGAUCCUCGCCGAGAUCGAAACUAAGGACACCGGCAAGACGCUCGAAGAGAGCAAAGUCGACGUAGACGACGUCACCAACGUUUUCCGCUUCUACGCCGAGGAGGCCAAGAAGCUGGAUCAGCCCAAAAAAAUCGUAUCGGACGUCAUCCCUGACUCGGUGGAGAGCACCACGUUGCACGUACCCGUGGGCGUGUGCGUGCUGAUCGCACCAUGGAACUAUCCGCUGUUGCAGAUCUGCUGGAAGGUGGCUCCUGCUCUAGCCACGGGCAACGCGGUGAUCAUCAAACCAUCCGAAGUGACUCCUCUGUCGACGAUAUACUUCGUGAAGCUGCUGAUCGAGGCCGGUGCACCCACGGGAUCGGUGCAGCUACUGACGGCAGGUGGCGCAUCUGUAGGGCCAACGCUGACGGAACACGCUGAUGUGGAUCUGGUGUCGUUCACAGGUGGUCUGGACACGGGACGUCGGAUCAUUGCCUCGUGUGCAGGCACUGUCAAGCGAUGCACGGUCGAACUGGGCGGCAAGAACCCCAACGUGGUGUUCGCCGACUGCGAUUUGGAGUGGGCGAUAGAUACGGUGACGACGGCAGUGUUCUUGCAUUCGGGCCAGGUGUGCUCAUCCGGAGCCAGGCUGAUUGUAGAAGAGUCGAUUGCAGACAAGCUGGUAGCCGGCGUGGUGGAGCGGGCCAAACGCAUCCACAUGGGCAACGGCCUGGACCCUGCCUCGGAAACGGGACCGCUCGUUUCGGCAGCGCAUCUUUCCAAAGUGGAAGCUUAUGUCAAGCUGGGUGUGCAGGAAGGAGCCAAGCUGGUGGUGGGUGGAUCGCGACCCGACGCCAAGCAGCACCCCGAGCUGGCCAAAGGGUUCUUCUUCUGUCCUACGGUCUUCGACCACUGUCACCGCGACAUGCGCAUCGUGCAGGAAGAGACGUUCGGCCCCAUCCUCACGGUGGAGCGAUUCAAGGAUGGCGACGAGGAGCACGCCGUUUUCCUCGCCAACGACACUAAGUACGGACUGGCGGGCGGCGUGCAGUCGGGCAACGUUGAGCGUGCACGCCGUGUGGCCAAGCGCCUCCGUCACGGAACUGUCUGGGUCAACACCUACGGCUCGUACACGCCUGCUGCUGAGUGGGGUGGGUUUGGCUUGAGCGGCAAUGGACGCGAGCUGGGCAGCAAAGGUCUGGAUGAGUAUAUCGAGACAAGGCACGAAUGGGUCGAGACUAACCCGGCCAAGCCUGGCUGGUUCAAGGGUCAAGGUAAACCGCUUCAGCCUGCUACUGGUCUCAAGGCCAAAUUGUGA